AUGUUUGGCGGAAAGCUCUAUGCUCUACCGGCAUUACUCUAUGCCUUGCAAGCUAUUGCAAUCACAGUUGACUACAAAACCCUCAAAACCGACAAGGGCGACGGAAUCCCCGACUUCAGUUUCUGUGGUUAUCACGCGUCCGAUGAGCCUCUUCCAUCACCAGACCGGCAACCCGCAGCAAUUCUAAAUGCCACAAGCGGUGACCAAACACAGAGAAUCCAAAAUGAGUUGAAUAAAAUCUCAGCGGCCGGCGGCGGUGUGCUCUCCCUUGGUGCUGGGAAGUAUCAACUGUCAGCGGGGUUGGUUAUUCCAAACGGAACUGUGCUUCGUGGUGCAGGGCCAGACAAAACCACGCUGUUACCCAAGGACGGAUCGAUGCACGUCAUCACCAUGGGGACUGAUGCUAUAAAGGAUCCCAAAUCCGGAAAUUCGGUUUCUAUCACAGAUGAAUAUGUGCCUGUGGGUUCUACAAAUGUCACAGUUGACAGCACCUUGGGUCUGAAAGAGGGUCAGGAUGUUUGGGUUCAAAGGCAGGUCACGCAAGAGUGGAUCGACGCGAUGGGUAUGGGUGAUCUUGUGAGAGACGGGAAACAUCAGACAUGGCUUUCGACAUCUGCUUUCGUUCAACAACCUCGGAAAAUACAGUCCAUCUCAGGCAAAAUCGUUACUUUGGAUAUUCCGUUGACAGAUACGCUAGACUCAAAAUACAUGAGUCCAGAGCUGGCGCCAUACGAUGUACCUGAAGGACCCUCAGAAAUGGGUGUGGAGGCCCUCAGCAUGACGCUUGCCCCGACAUGUUCAGGCGUGGUUAUCAAUGACGAUAGUUGCAGUGGCGCUGCAGUUUCAUUUCUCUCUUGGACGGUCGAUAGCUACCUGCGUGAUGUGUCCCUGACGGGCUUCAACAAUGUCAUCGGCAUCUCCAAGAAUGCCAGACGACUGACGAUCCAGAACGUGUCUAUAACCCGCGACCAUGCUACAGACAAUGGCGCGGGGUAUGCCGCAGAUAUCGGAAUAUCAGGAACACAGGUUCUUGUCAUUGACAGCAGCACCAAUGGUGCGCAGAACGCAAAGUCGUUCCCUGUCGUCACGCAAUCCCUUACACCUGGUCCCAAUGCAGUGGUGAGAUACCGUGCCGAACAAGUCCAAAAGGGAAUACAGCCACAUGCUCGCUGGGCGCAUGGGUUUCUUGUGGAUAACUCUACCGUUACAACAUCCUUUAUCAACCGAGGUACUGAUGGUAGCGGGCACGGAUGGGCAAUCAAUUCAGGCGUGAUGUGGAAUGUAGAUGGCGAUUAUGAAGUUCAAAGUCCUCCGUUAGGAACUAACUGGGAAAUUGGAUGUAAUGGGGACAAACAAUCGGGUAGUAAUGGGACAUUCGUUGCGCAGGGGCAAACUGUACAACCUGCGAGUUUAUUCGAGCAACAACUUUCCAACAGGGGUUUGGCAUGA